AUGACUUGUUUUGAAGAUCUAUCAAAUGAAUUACUAUGUGAAAUAUUUGAUUAUCUUGAUGGAUAUUGGUUAUAUCAAAUAUUUUCAAAUCUUAAUUUUCGACUUGAACAACUUCUUCAUUCUUCAUCGUCAAUUACAAUUCCAAUGGCUAUGAAUAAUCAAUUUAGUCCUAUUGAAUAUCUUGUUAUUGAUCAUUAUUGUUCUUUGAAUGAACUCACAUCUUUACUUUCUUAUACACCACAACUCCGUCGUUUAACUCUUCAUAAAAUAAAAUCUAACAAUGAUUCAAAUAUUAUAAUAUUAUCAUCAAUUACAUUAGAUAAUCUAAAAUCGAUCUAUUUGGAUUUAUGUCUAACAAAAUUUAAGGAAUUAGAAAUAUUUAUGACAAUAAAAAUAUUUCCAAAUUUAAAAAGUUUAUGCAUUGUUGGAUCAAAAGAUAUUUCUUUUCUUCAUGCAUGUCGAUGGAAACAAUCAAUUUUAAAUUAUUUUCCUCAAUUAGAAGAAUUUUAUCUCAUUUAUAAUGAUGAUGAUGAUGAUGAUGAUGAACAAAACUAUCCAAUAUAUACUGAAAGACCAAAUCAAUUUUCUUCAUCAUUUUGGAUUGAACGACAAUGGCUAUUUGAAGUUGAAAUUAAAGAUAUAUCUAUCAAAUAUACAAUUCGUCCAUAUAGUAAAGGAUGGUAUUAUGAAACAAAUGAUAAUAUUAUUGAUUGUUCUACAUUUAUUAAUUUGACAUUCGAAUGUAUUCCUGAUUCUAUAUUUGACGAAGAAAGAUCCAAAGAAAUUGAACGUGUAUUAACAAUAACAAAAAUUUAUUAUUUGGAAAUUCUCGAAGAAGACCUCUCAAUUCCAGUAUUAAUUCAAAUUAUCAAUCUAUUACCAAAUAUAACUACAUUAAAAAUUCAUUCAUUAUCAACAGAUAAAACAACAGAAUUAACUCUUAAAGAAUUUCUGAUUUUAUGUUCAAUGAAGCAGACAAGUCAAAUUACCAAAGUCUAUCUUGAGGAAAUUGGUGAUAUUCAUAAAGAACUUGAUUUUCUUUUCACACUUUGUCCAUAUAUGGAAUAUUUCAAAGUUGGACGUACAAAUACAACAGAUAUUCAAUCGUUUUUACGUACUAUUUUCAAGAAAAUUAAUCGCAAUAAUAAUCAUCAUCUUCGUUUAUUAUGUUUUCAUAUUUCAACAGUAGAUGAUCGAAUAGUUGAAAAUAUUGAAGAAAUGAUCAAAUGUGACAAACUACUUCCUUAUUUUACAGUUAAACGUAUACUGAAUGAUGUCUAUUUACAAUGGAAAUGGCUUGAACAUAUAGAUCUUUUUUCUUGUAACAUUUAUUUAAUAAAUAAAAUAAAAUGA